UCACAACAACAACAAUCACAACAACAACCAACCAAAAGAAAAAGAAUUAACAAUGAUCCAAGCUAUCGUGGAAUCAAACCAAAAGUUCCAUCACCUCAAGAACGUCAGUAAACUCACCUAUUCCGCUUUCCUUUCCCGUUGUGUGCAACACCUCGCCGACGAAGACAAAGAUGACGCUAUGACCAAAAUCAACGAUAUGGUAAAAAAAUGUAGUAUCUAUGGUGAUUUGGUCGAAGCCGCUGGAGGGCCAUGGAUUCUUUGUCUGGCCGACCUAUACCCGGACAGCUAUCUUACAAAGGUCAGCAAAGGAGCUAUGGUCCGAGCAGCUGAAUCCUUGUGCAUUGACGGAUUGCGAACAGAAUUUGGUUCUCGGUUUGCUGGUCUUUUCUUUUAGUUCCUGUAUUUUUUAUGUCAUUUUUAUAUUCCUUUUAGUUGUAUUUAUACUUUUUACAUAUAUACUGUACAUAUCAUUAUUAUUGUUAUUAUUAU